AUGAUACCAUGCAUUAACUGGCUGCAGCCUUUCCUUGCCUUGAUCUCCUCCACCUUGCUUACGCGAGGCCAUAUCUGCCCAUACAGCUGUUUGUGUCCGGACCACCACACUGUGGACUGCACCGGCCGAGGUCUAACCAGAGUCCCAGACUCCAUCCCUCUGAAUGUUCGCCGUCUCCUGCUCUCCAACAACUGGAUUCCUUGGAUUCCCUCUGACUUCUUGGUCCUUUACAGCGAUCUGGUCUACCUAGACCUGAGGAAUAAUUCCCUCUCCCUGUUGGAGCCAGGGACCCUGAGCACCUCCUCUAAAUUGGUCUUCUUGGACCUGGGGAGCAACAACCUGACAGAAAUCUCCUCUGGAACAUUUAGGGAGUCAAGGAGUCUGAUCAAACUGCGGCUGGGUAACAACCCCUACCUGAACAUGGUAGGCAGGGAUCCUCUCACAGGGCUGACGUCUUUGAGGGAGCUGGAGCUGCAGAGGAAUGGUCUCACGGCGCUGGACGUCACGGUCCUCGAAUCCUUGCCUUCUCUCCGGAUGCUGCGUCUGGAGGGCAACCCGUGGCUCUGCAACUGCCACUUUGCCAAACUGUUUGUGUGGCUGACAGAGAACCGCCAAAAGCUCCCACAGGGUAUGGAGGGGAUAGAGUGCUCCCUGCCUCUGGAUGGCCGUCGUGUUCCCCUAAGUUUACUCUCUGAAGAUAGUUUCCGGGAGUGCCGUGGUACCCUCACCCUCACCGACUACCUCAUCGUCAUCUUCUCCGGCAUCUCCGUGUCAGUGGCGGCCAUCAUGGCCAGCUUCUUCCUCGCUUCCACAGUCCACUGCUUCCAGCGCCUCAGCAAAGGCAGCAAAGGAGACGAGGAGGAGGGCAACGACUGA